AGCAGGGAGCUACGGACGAGGCUGAGCCACGGCAAUGGCUGCCCGCCUGCUCCUCCCCCAAUGCUGCUGCGGCGGCCUCACGCCCCUGCCCCUCCCUCGCCGCGCCACCGCGCUCCCGCCUCCGCCACCCGCCGCUGGCGCGUCUCGACGCGCCCUCUCCCUCGCCCUCCCUCGCCGCGCGCUCUUCCUCCGCGUCGCCGUCGCCGCGCCCACCCGCCUCGUCACCGAGGAGGACGACGGCUCCCAGGCCGCCCCCGCCCAGGAGGAUGACGGCUCCGAGUUCGACCCCGCGGCGCCGCCGCCGUUCGGGCUCGCGGAGAUCCGCGCCGCCAUCCCCAAGCACUGCUGGGCCAAGGACCCCUGGCGCUCCAUGGGCUACGUCGUGCGCGACGUCGUCGUCGUGCUCGCGCUCGCGGCCGCCGCCGCGCGCCUCGACAGCUGGCUCGCGUGGCCCGUCUACUGGGCCGCGCAGGGCACCAUGUUCUGGGCGCUCUUCGUCCUCGGACACGACUGCGGCCACGGGAGCUUCUCGAACAGCACCAAGCUCAACAGCGUCGUCGGGCACAUACUCCACUCCUCUAUCCUCGUGCCUUACAAUGGCUGGAGGAUUAGCCACAGGACGCACCACCAGAACCAUGGCCACGUCGAGAACGACGAGUCGUGGCAUCCGCUCCCCGAGAAGCUGUACAGGAGCCUGGACAGUUCCACUCGGAAGCUUCGGUUCGCACUACCGUUCCCGAUGCUCGCCUACCCGUUCUACUUGUGGUCGAGGAGUCCAGGGAAGUCAGGCUCGCAUUUCCACCCGAGCAGCGAUUUGUUCCAGCCGAACGAAAGGAAGGAUAUUCUAACGUCGACGGCAUGCUGGCUCGCCAUGGCUGGCCUCCUCGCGGGGCUCACCGUCGUGAUGGGGCCUCUUCAGGUGCUCAAGCUCUACGGUGUCCCGUACUGGAUUUUUGUUAUGUGGCUGGACUUUGUCACCUACCUGCAUCACCACGGCCACAACGACAAGCUUCCCUGGUAUCGUGGAAAGGCAUGGAGCUAUCUGCGUGGAGGCUUGACCACGCUUGACAGGGACUAUGGGUGGCUCAACAACAUCCACCACGACAUCGGGACUCAUGUGAUCCACCAUCUUUUCCCGCAAAUCCCGCACUACCAUCUAGUAGAGGCGACCGAAGCAGCGAAGCCAGUUCUGGGGAAGUACUACAGGGAGCCGGACAAGUCUGGCCCGUUCCCAUUCCACCUGUUUGGCGCCCUAGCACAGAGCAUGAAGCGUGACCACUAUGUCAGCGACACCGGGGACAUACUCUACUACCAAACUGACCCAAAAAUUGCCGGUGGUGCACAAACAUCUGAUUGACAACACCAAGCAGACUCUUCUUUGUGGGGAUGUUGUUCGUUAUCACCUGACUGGUUAGCCCUCUGCUUCCUCACAUCAGCAACCCCACGGCAUCCUGUAAAUUAAGCAGAUGUACGAUGUGGAGGCGCCCGACAUUGCGGAUUUUUGGAUGUAUAAUAGGACUAUUGAAACCAUGGUAGAAUAGAGCAUGUACGCAUAUCCUUGCACUUGUUAAGAAACAAGUGAUUCUUUGGACGUCCACGAGAGCCAGAGCAGCUCAAAAGAUGCAAAGACUUGCCUGAUGAGGGGCAUUCAUUGUUUGAUACGAAAGCACUAUUGAAGCAUACAAUUGUAGUAUUUAUUUCAGCUAGCCGUAUGCAUGUAGUACUACUCCAGUGAAGAUCUCAACUUAACUCCAGAUAUUUGCACGACUGUAUGAAAUGGAAUUAAAGGUGCGGUCGAUGUCAUGA